AUGGACACAUCAGUUUACUCCCAUGCGCUUGACGUAUGGUCCAAAGCUGACCUUACAAGUUUACAGAAGGAGUUGGAUACCAAUGUGAUAGUAGUCAAAGAUAAAGAGAAUGAAUCCUUGGAAUCGAGGAAAGUACUAGCCACCGAGACUAAAUCUUUUAAAAAAUUGGAAGAGAAUGAAAAGUUGACUAAUAUUAACAAGAUAAUUAAAAAAUAUCAACUCGAGGUAGAUAGUCUAACGAAAAGAUCAAAAUUUGCUGAACAAAUAGUCUUUGAAGUAUAUUCAAAGAUCUCUGAAGCUCCUGAUCCCAAACCAUUAUUGCAAUCAUCCCUUGAUAAACUGAGUAAAGUAGAUAAUUCCAAAGUAUUGGGUGAAAAAGUGUCUGAGUUGGAAGACAAGUUGGCUAAGUACGCCGAUUAUGAAUCUGUUAAAUCUAGAUUGUUAGAUUUGGAACAGAAUUCUGCUGUUACCUUAUCAAAGAGAUUGGCAUCCAAAGAACAAGAAUUGAAUUCAAGUUGGGAAGAAAAACAAAGAAAUUGGCAAGAAAGAGAAUCUGAGCUGAACAAACAAGUAGAAUCGCUCCAAAACACUAAUAAAGCCCUUGAGUCUAAAGUGUCUAAAAAAAUGGAUCUUGAUAAUAAUGACGAGUCUAAUGGAGAUGUUUCCGGUGAAAAUAAAACUGUUUCAAUUACUGAGUAUAAUUUCAUAGCGGAAGAAUUGGAAUCCACUCAAUCCAGAGUCUUCCAAUUAGAAAAGAGGAAUGAAACUUUAAAUGGAGACUUGGCUAAAGCCACGAGCGAUAACGAAAAAGCAUCUGAAUCAAAAAGCAAAGACCUUAAGAUCAAUCAAUUGGAAAGUGAAAAUGCAUUGCUUAGUGCCUCGGUUGAGAAAAAUCAUAACUCCCAUGAAAGAUCCAUUAACAAUUUAAAUGAACAAUUAUCCAAUGCUAAAGUUGAAUUGAGCACAUACAAGUCAGAGAAUGAUGUUAUUAGGUUGAAGUUAAAUAACUAUUCUGAUUAUAACAAAAUUAAAGAAGAAUUAACUUCCUUAAAGAAAAUUGAAUUUGGUAUUGAUGAAGAAAAUAAUGAAGAAGAGACUUCUGCCAACAAUAAAAGCAACGAUGGCGGUUUACAAAAUACAUUAAUUACCACAAACAAAAAAUUACAAUCAAAUUUAGCUGAAUUACGAACUAAGAAUAUUGCAUAUGAGGGUGAAACCAAAAAACUAAAGAAACAACUUGGAGAAAUGAAUGGAAAAUUAGAUAAUUUACAAAAAUUAAAUGGAAAAUUAGAAGCUGAUUUAGAAAAAAUUGAUGAUAUUGAUGGUAAAUUUAAUGAUACAACAAGUAUGAUAUCUGGGGUAACCAGACAGAUAACUAACCGUGUCGGUCAUGGGGCCUCAUUGUCACCAACGAGUUCCAUAAUUGGUAUUCCUGAAGAAGGAGAAUUACAAACUGGUAGUGGUAAUUCACAAAUCCUUCCAAUUGUUACCAAACAAAGGGAUAGAUUUAGAGCAAGAAAUACCGAUCUAGAGAAACAGGUAAGGCAAAUAAUGGCCGAAAAGACUAAACUAAAGACAGAGAAGAACAAACUUCAAGAAGAUAAUAGCAAAUUAUACGAGAAGGUCCGUUAUUUAUCAAGUUAUGAUGGAUCAUCGAGACAUGGAUCCGUAGUCGAUACUGACUUGGGAAAUAUCGAUCAAGAAGCUCAAUAUUCUAACAACUAUGAGGCAUCCUUACAUCCAUUAGCAAAUUUCAAACGUGAUGAAUUAGAAUAUUACAAAAAGAAUAAGUUAUCAAUGUUAGAAAAGUUAUUUAUCAGUUUUGCAAACUUGAUCUUACAAAAUAAAUCUACAAGAAUGGCAUUUUUCUUUUAUUGCAUAGGGCUUCACGGAUUAAUAUUUAUCAUGUGCAUGUAUGUAGCCAAUAUCAGUGGUUAUAUGACACCUGAAGUUGCUAUUGUAAAGACAUCAUCAUCCGGCUCUUCACCGUAA